AUGAUUGUUAUUGUAUUAUACUUUGCUAUAUUAAACAUUUGUUUACAAGAUGUUUUACAAGAAGAGUUAAUGAACUAUUCGUCUGAAAAAAAUAAGCAGAAUAAAACAACAGCAAAUGAAAAUGGUGAAGGUUUCAAAUCAUAUGAGGAAGAUUCAUAUGGGCUGCCAAAAGUUGAUUGGUUUAAUUUUACAACAAAUGGGAAUAAAGAUAUGGACUCUCCACCAGUUCCUUCCAAUAAUGAAGGGAUGAAAAGAAAUGGAGCUUCUCAAUUAAAUAUGUUAAAGAGAUUUCUAGGAUUGAAGAGUGGAUUUGAUGAGGGCGUUAAUGGAGCUUCAAGAAUAUUUGGAGGAGUGCGAAAGAGUGGAAGCGGCAGU